ACGGCGUCGCUGCUUAUGUGGCCUACCACUCUUAACGUCGUCGUUACUUGAUCGAGAACGUAUUUGGAAUUGAAUCUGCAAUUCUGCAUGAUGAAAAUUGAAUUUUAAACCCUAAAACCCCCUGCGGGGAAUUCCUCAAAAACUUCCAUGCAUACCCUCAAAUCAUCUUCCAUUUUCUCAACUUCCUAUUUUCUCAAUUUUUCGUUAAAACCCAAAUCAUUUAUUUUUAUUCUCUCAUAUUCUUCUUCCACCUCUGUUUCGAAUCCUCCCCUUUUCAAUUACCUUGUAAAAAACUUGGAUUUCACUGAAACCCAAGCUGUUUCAAUCUCUAAUCGUUACUCUCAUGGGAAAUCCCUCCAAAAGGCUCAUUCGGUUGCCAAUUUUUUCCAAAGUCUUGGCUUUUCUAAUGCCCAAAUAGCCUCUGCUGUUCAUGUGGCGCCCCAAAUUCUGUUUGCUGAUGUAGAAAAGAAGCUUAGGCCAACAAUCAAGCUUUUUCAAGAUCUGGGUCUUGUGGAACCCCAUCUGGUUGUUUGGUGUUAUAUAUCCAGUUUUAAGGUUGCAUACAAGCAGGAGGAAUGACUGAGGAAAAGCAAGUUCUAAGGUGGAAGACCUUGACAAAGUGGUGAAAGGAAAGUACCUUGAGAUUGGGUCCUAUUUUCAUCAAAGUUGGCCAACAGUUCUCCGCGAUGGUUGACAUUUUUGCUCAAGAAUAUGUUGAUCAGUUGUCAGAGCUACAGGAUCAAGUUCCACCUUUUCCGUCAGAGACUGCAAUAUCUAUUGUUGAAGAAGAGCUUGGAGGCCCUGUAGAUGAUAUCUUUGACAUGUUUGACUUUGAACCUAUUGCUGCUGCGAGUCUUGGUAAUCUUAAUGUUCUCUAUGAUUCUUUGAUGUGGAAGUUUUUUGCCAUUGCAUUAAGGCCACCUCAUGAAGGUGCUAAGCAUGUUGGUUACAAUCAGCAGAAUUUGUCCUCCUCCCCAUACGGGUCCUAUUGGCGCAACAUGCAUAAGCUGUGCACUCUAGAGUUGCUUAGGAGCCUCAAAAUCGAUUCUUUUAGUUCCAUGAGAAAGGAAGAGCUUCUUCUUUUAAUUCAGUAUAUUCAAGGGGCUGCUUCUGCUCGAGUUGCUGUUGAUCUUAGCGCUAAGUUCUCAUCUCUUAGUACUGAUAUUUCUAGUAGAAUGGUGCUUGGAAAGAAAUAUAAUAAUGAUGAUUUCAAUAAAAAAGGCUUCGAAGCUAUAAUUCGAGAGGGCAUGCAAACAAUUGCUGCUUUUAAUUUAGCUGAUUACAUUCCUCAAAUUAAAGGACUUGAUCUUGAGGGUCUAACAAAGCAUCUGAAAACUAUUGCCAAGGUUUUUGACGACUUCUUUGAGAAGAUAAUUGGUGAGCUUGUUCAAUCCAAAGGUGAAAACAGAAUCGUGGACUUCAUUGAUGUCAUGCUAGGAUUCAUUGGAUCAGAAGAAACUGAUGAGUACCAUGUGGAGCGGGAUAAUAUGAAAGCAAUAAUAUCGGACAUGCUUGUAGCUUCAAUGGAUACUUCAGCUGCUGCAAUUGAGUGGACACUGUCCGAACUCAUUAGACAUCUACGGGUGACAAAGGAAGUCCAAAAAGAACUGGAAAAUGUGGUAGGCAUGGAGAGGAUGGUCGAAGAGUCAGACUUGGAGAAAUUGAUGUACUCAGACAUGGUUGUGAAAGAAAGCUUUAGGUUUCACCCAGUGGUACCAUUGCUGCUCCCGCAUUUAUGUAUGGAAGACUGCAAAGUGAUUGGCUAUCCGAUACCCAAUAAUUCACGAUCUUCAUAAACGCAGGGGCUAUAGGUCGGGACCAAAAGGUUUGGACUGAUGCAGAGAAGUUUUAUCCAGAGAGAUUUGUUGGAAGCGGCAUUGAUCUUCGUGGACCCAACUUCCAGCUAAUCCCAUUUGGUUCUGGGCGCAGAGGCUGCCCUGGAAUGCAACUGGGUUUACUGUUCGGCUUGUGGUGGCACAAUUGGUGCAUUGCUAUGAUUGGGAACUCCCGGAUGAUAUGUUGGCUACGGACUUGGACAUGGCUGAGGAUUUAGGUCUAGUAUGUCCUAGGGCCGAGCAUCUACUGGCUAUACCAACCAGGCGCCUCAAAACAUGAGAAUGGCUGUGUAAUUUCUAGAAGAGUAUAUUUUCUGGAUAUAUUUGUUGCCUUCUCUAGUA